GCCAGAAAUAGUUGAUGUACGAGAUUCCAUUACAAACAAGAAUACUGUAGCAGCUAUUCUUGUAUUAUAUGACGUGCUUCAACCAGUUUCCAUCUUCUGCAAGUAUCUUCAAGGAUCUGUAGAUUUCAGUAUGGUUACAGUAAUGCUAAAGGAUCUUAACGAUUCACUUCACAACCUCAUUGAGAGAUUUCGGGGAAAUCUUACCCACCAAGAUCAUGAUGAUGGAAUUUACCUUGGAAGAAUAGAUGAUAUAUUUGCAGAAAUUGAUGAGAGAACUGUGUUUACAAGGAGGUUAAGGGACAGACAGGUGUACACACGAGAGAAAGUAGUGAAGGAACUGGCAAUUCCAAUGGUUCAUAAGCUCGUCCAAGAGUUGGAGGAUGGAUUCCACCUCUCACCAACUCUUGAAUCAUUUUCACUUUUCAACAAGAUUCAUCUACAUGUACCAGACAAUAAUGUAGAACUUCAAGAUUUUGGCAAUACAAAGGGAGCCAGCAAAUGAUCUGCUGCAGAUGUUCUUGGAUGAUGCAGUUAUGAGACACACCUUCCCGUGCAUGUUCACGCUGGUCUUCCUCUCCCGUUUAGUUCCCACCAGCACGGCCUCUGUGGAGGGGAUAUUCAGCUUGAUGAACUGCCUAUGCACUGAGAACAGGAACAGACUGGGACAGGACACUCUAUGUGCUCUCAUGAGAAUUUGCAGACAUGGUAGUCAGUCACUGACGCCACUGCAAGUGUCUAGCAUCAAAGACACUUUCAAAAACAUGAAAGCUAGAG